ACUGCUCUGUGCUGUCAUGCCCGAGAAUCGUCAACUGCUCCUCCGUCGCCGUCCCUCCGCUGCUCUCAGCCAGAAGGAUGUAGAGAUCGUCUCCAACGCCACUCCCAGCCUCAAGGAUGGCCAGUUCCUCGUCAAGAACCUCUAUGCCUCCGUCGAUCCUACUCACAGGAUCUGGAUGUCUGAAGACGACCAGUACCUUGCCCCUGUUGAUCUGGAUGCUCCCAUGAGAGCGAUGACGUAUGGUGUGGUAGAGGAGAGCAAGAAUCCUUCCUUCCCUGUGGGAGCUCAUGUGUUGGGCAUGGGCGGCAUUCAGCACUACUAUGUUGGAGACCCCGCUGCUGACCCUGGCUUGACUGUUGCCAAGGAGAUCGAGGGACUUCCAAACACCGCAUGGCUGUCUGUGUGCUCUGUGAUCAUCGGGCUUACUGCAUGGGUUGGAGUGAAUGAGAUCUGCAAGCCCAAGCAAGGAGAAACUUUUGUUGUUAGCGCUGGAGCCGGAGCUGUUGGCUCACUCGCCGGACAGCUUGCUAAGCUGCGUGGCGCACGUGUGAUAGGGUUUGUGGGAUCUAAGGAGAAGGCCGAUUGGAUUGUGAAUGAGCUUGGAUUUGAUGGCGCGAUCAAUUACAAGACUGAUGACAUGUUGACGAGGUUGAAGCAUCUUGCUCCCAACGGCGUUGACAGCUACUUUGAUAACACGGGAGGCCCUUCGACCGAGGCUGUUCUCCGCUGCUUCAAUAACAAUGCUCGCAUUGCCCUCUGCGGCAUCAUCUCGGGCUAUAACACGGGAGACUUUGCGCUCAAGAAUUUCCAGAUGCUCCUCCAUCGUCGUGUGAACUUGCAGGGCUUCAUUUGCCUCGACCACCUCGACAAGUACGAGCAGGCCCUUGCGGAACUUAUCCCUUUGGUAAAGGACAAGAAGAUCAAGUACCUGGAAGAUAUUCAGACUGGCAUCGACAACUACCCUGACGUUGUGAACAUGUUGUUUGAAGGAUCCAACAAGGGAAAGCUCAUGCUCAAGUUCUAAGAGUUGUACCUGGAUUUGUAUCGACGAAAUAAAGAUUUCCAUACACAUU